GCCGUGGUCUCUGCAGGGUGUCCGUUCCUCUGUGAGAAGAGUCCGUUCUGAAGGCGUCUGACCGGCUCGGUGACCAUGAAGGACGGGAACCGGGUGUCUGAGAGGAUCCUGGAGCUCACCCUGGAGAUCAUCUCCCUGCUGACCGGAGAGGAUUAUAUGAUUUUGAAGAAACCUGGUGACCGCAUCCCCCAAAUGUCAGACGGGCCCCCCGGGACCUCUAGCCCGGUGCUUCCACCUCACUCGCUGACCCACGAGAGGAACCGCGAGCAGAAGAUCCUGGAACUGACCAACAAGAUGAUGUCCCUGCUGACUGGAGAGGGACAAUGGAGGAACAUCGGUGGAGGGACAGUAGAAAACCACCAGCUGCUCAUGUCGUGGGUAGAUGGUUCCAUGGCCAAGAAGAUGGUGGCUGACGGGUCUCACCACGGGGUUUUGGCUCCGGGUCCCGUUACCAAAGAAUUUAAUACCAAAGAUAAGAAGGAAUUGGAUUGGCUAAGAAGUUUCACAGACCGAGACAUUUCUGCCCCCGGGGAGGGCACACAGACAGAAUACACACUGACCGUCAUCAAGGAGGAACCCGCCGCGUGGGAGGACGAGGAGGUCACGGACUCGAACAUUUACACGUCUACAAAGUAUACGCAGACAGAGCACACGCCUCCUUAUAUCACGGAGGCGUCCUGUGAGGAGACAGAUCCAGAAAGAUGUCACUGCUGUAACGCUAAAAAGAGACCACGGCCGGCCGAUCGGCCAUUUUCUUGUUCGGAAUGCGGGAAAUGUUUCAGCCACAACUCCGGGCUUCGCGUCCACCAGAGGAUUCACACGGGGGAGAAGCCAUUCCCGUGCUCAGAGUGCGGGAAGCGCUUCAUCAAGAAGUCCGACCUGGUCCGGCACCAGACCGUCCACACAGGGGAGAAGCCCUUUUCCUGCCCCGAGUGCGGCAAAUGCUUUAACCAGAAGUCGACGAUUAAAUACCACUUGAUGACCCACACGGGGGAGAAGCCGUUCUCCUGCUCUGAGUGCGGGAAGAGGUUCCUUCAGAAGGCGAGUCUCCUGACGCACCUGAGGACUCACACGGGGGAGAAGCCGUUUACCUGCCCCAGCUGCGGGAGGCGCUUCGGCCAGGAGUCCAGCCUCAAGACGCACAUGCGGGUUCAUUCGGGGGAGAAGCAGCUCUCCUGCUUUGAAUGCGGGAAACAUUUCACCGAAAGCUCGGCUCUUGCCCGUCAUCAGAAGUCCCACGCAGGGAAAAGGCUGCUGUCAUGCUCGGAGUGCGGCAAGACCUUCACCUAUAGCUUCUUUCUCAUUACUCACCAGCGCAUUCACACAGGAGAGAAGCCCUUCGCAUGUUCAGAAUGCGGAAAGCGUUUCAACCAGAGCUCGCACCUCUUUAUCCAUCAGCGGGUCCACACUGGUGAGAAGCCCUAUUCCUGCUCGGAGUGCGGGAAGAGCUUCACUCAUAGCUCGUCUCUCGUGAAGCAUCAGCGGAUCCACACGGGGGAGAAGCCAUUCUCGUGUCCGGAAUGCGGCAAGCGCUUUACCCAUAACUUCUCCCUCAUUAGCCACCUGAGGAUCCACACAGGAGAUAAGCCGUUCUCGUGCACGGAGUGCGGGAAGAGCUUCACGGAAAGGUCCUCUCUGGUUAAACAUCAGAGGACCCACACGGGAGAGAAGCCGUUCUCGUGUAAUGAAUGCGGGAAAUAUUUUACUGAAAGCUCAGCUCUUGCCCGUCAUCAGAAGACUCACACAAGAGAGCGGCCAUUUUUAUGUUCUGUCUGCAGGAAAACCUUUACCUCUAACUUCGCUCUCGUCACUCACCAGCGGAUUCACACGGGAGAGAAACCGUUCGCGUGUCCGGAAUGCGGAAGACGUUUCAAUCAAAGCUCGAACCUCGUUCUGCAUCUGCGGAUCCACACGGGAGAGAAGCCUUAUUCCUGCUCCGAGUGCGGGAAGAGAUUUUCUCACGGUCCGCACCUCACUAAACACCAGCGGAUCCACACCGGAGAAAAGCCCUAUUCAUGCUGGGAGUGCGGGAAGAGAUUUCGUUUAAAGUCGGCUAUGGUUGGUCAUCUGAGAACCCACACGGGAGACAGACCGUUCUCCUGUUCUCAAUGCGGGAAAUCUUUUACCCAGAGUAGCGGUUUAUAUAAACAUCGUAAGAAAAGUCACAGUUAUGACAUCACAGUAACAGGGAAAUGGUUUUUCACCCGUAUGAGUUCGCUGGUGGCGUAUGAUAUGGGACUUGUGUUUGAAGCUUUUCCCGCACUCAGGACAGGAAUAAGGCUUCUCGUCUGUGUGAAUACGCUGAUGAACAAUGUGCUCAGAAGACACCGGCCCCUCACCUCUCCGCUCAGCAGGGAGAUGAUCUCCAGGGUGAGGCUCAAGAUCUUCUCAGCCACCGGAUCCUUGGCCAUGUUCAGUCCUAAACUGGACUCUUUCCUGGGUCACCGCAAGGCUGGAAAGUCUUUAAUCGGCAUGAACUUCCAGAUCCUUCUCCAUAGUAGAUUUCCCCAGAGUGUAAAUAUUCAGAAUAACCAGACGUUCGGACCACAUAGAUGGAAGAUCUUCUCCUGCGUCAUCUCUCUCAUCAUCGAGUCUGAAGAUAGAAAUACAAUCACAAGGAAAAUCCUGAAACGAUCCGUAACGAGGAGUUUGGGGAUAAAAGUGCCGCCACUCGCAGCCGAGGAACCCCACUCUCCGGUGGAUAAAGUGUUUAGUGAAAUGGAUCAAACAGCAGAGAAAACCUUUCCGUGCUCCGAGUGCGGGAAGCGUUUCACCUUAUUGGCAAAUCGUAAUAAACAUCAGAAAAUCCACAGGGGAGAGAGACCGUUUCCGUGUCCUGACUGCGGGAAAUGUUUUAGACUAAAGUUUGAUCUUAGAAUACACGAGAGAGUUCACACCGGACACAAACCAUUUGAAUGUUCGGAGUGCGGCAAACGUUUCACCACGUUAGGGAAUCGUAACAGACACGAGAACAUCCACACGGGAGAGAAGACGUACGCGUGUUCCGACUGCGGGAGGCGCUUCACCUCAAUGGCGCAUCGUAAAAGGCACGAGAAAAAGCACACGGGAGAGAAGCCGUUCGCCUGUUCCGAAUGCGACAAACGUUUCUUCACAAACGCUGAUCUCAGAGACCACAAGAGACAUCACACCGGGGAGAAGCCGUUCGAGUGCCCCGAGUGCGGGAAACGUUUCAGACUGAAGAUGUCCCUUAGUUUGCAUGUGAGACUUCACACGGGGGUGAGACCGUAUCCGUGCUCUCAGUGCGGCAAAUGCUUCGUCACAAAGCCGCAGCUUGUCCAUCAUGAACAAAUGCACACGGGAGAGAAACCCUUCGCGUGUCACGAGUGCGGGAAACGCUUCGCCAUUAACUUCAACCUUACCAAGCACAAGCGGAUUCAUACUCAAGAGAAGCCAUUUUCAUGUCAUGAAUGCGGGAAACACUUUGGUGCAGCAGAAAACCUCCGCGCGCAUGCGAGAGUGCACACGGGAGAGAAGCCCUUCGCGUGUCCGCGCUGCGGAAAGUGUUUCAGCACGAAGCCGGGGGUCAAUCAGCAUCUGAGAACUCACACGGGGGCCAAGCCGUUUGGGUGUUCAGAAUGCGGGAAAUGUUUCACCACAAAGCAGCAGCUGGGUAGGCAUCAGCGAACUCACACGGGAGAGAAGCCGUUCGCGUGUUCUCAGUGCGGGAAACGCUUUAACUUAAGCCAGAACCGGAAUGCACACGAGAAAACGCACCUUGGAAAGGGGCUCUUCCCGGGCAGCGAGUGCUCCCCGCUUCCCCUCCGGCGUCUUCACCGCGUGAAAACUUACCUGACGUUCCUAAACGCCACCUUCUUCUUCCGACUCUUCCUUUUAGACUUUGCUGCCAAGUAUGUCUCCGGAGUUCAUCGGCACGGAAGCUGUUCCUUUGAUCGUUACUCGUUUUACUUUGUCGUUUAA